CCUGUGUCAGUUUAUGUAUGUAGCCGUAAAUAGUCAUUUGUGCACAUUACCGGCUAACUCGCAGAUUUCUGUUUUGCCAAACUACAGAUAAUUCCACAAGACCCAUCUUCUGCUUUGAUGAAUUCAGAUAUGGAUGCUCUGGAGGUAGAAAAUCAGAUUGAACUAGAAGAAAAAACAUGGCUGAUUAACCAGGUUUUGGAACUUCAGCACACACUUGAAGAUCUUUCUGCACGAGUUGAUGCAGUUAAGGAAAAAAACUUGAAACUGAAGUCUGAAAAUCAAGUUCUUGGACCUUACAUUGAGAAUCUCAUGUCUGCUUCAAGUGUUUUCCAAACAACAGACACAAAGAGCAAGCGGAAGUAGUGCUCAGCUCCAUUCCUUUAUAUUAUGUUGUUAUGUUUUCCUUUGUAUUUGCAUUGCAUAUACUAUGUAA